AUGCCGCGGCCUGCAGGCCUCGGCGCCCGCGCCGGGGGGCCGCCGGCCGUGGCACUGGAGGGGUCGCACGCGCCCUGCCGGGGCGCAGAGGAGUGUUGGAACUCGAGCUGGUCCGACCGCGGGCGCAUCCUUGCGGGGCCCGAGAUUGACGUGGAACGGGAUUGCAGGCAGGCACCCCGCAACGGCAACUCUGGUUGGCUGCCGCAGGGCCACUCCCUGCGCGUCGCCGAUGCACGGCGCGGCAGCCCUCCGCCGCGCCCGUCCGCGCUCGGGGCGGCCGCGGCGCUCUGCGCCGGCGCGGCGCCCGGCCUCGCGGCGCUGCCGGGCGGAGGGGCGCCGGCCCGGUCGGCUCCCGGGGCCCUGGCGCACCAGCAGCUCCGCCGAUGGCUGCUCCUGCGCCGCGACGGGCCGGGCGGCUCCGACCUCUCGCUGGCCUGCAGGGACGUUCUGGGGAUGCUCCGCGCCGGCGAGACCCUCUGCGUCGGCGGGCUCGACGAGGGUGCGCACGAGCUGCCUGCCAUUUGGGAGCCGGACCGCGCGUGGAGCGAGCUGGGGCGGCUGGUCUCGGAGAGGGAGCACCCGCCGCUCCUGGACGGGUCGAAGUGGGUCUCUCUGCGGCUCGGCGGCUGCAAGUUCGGUAGCCUAAUGGGCAGGCUGAGGGCGCGGGGCAUCGUGGGCCCCGGCUACUCGACGGCCAUCGGAGAGGCCAUGCGUUCGUGUUGCCGCGCCGUGAUGGACGAGUUCAAGGCCACCGUCGGCUACACGCACGGCGACGAGAUCGUGUUCCUCAUGUCGCCGAGGUCGUGGAGCUCGGAGAAAGGUGCUCAUUCAGAGUUCAUGUACCAGGGCAGGGUGCAGAAGUGGGUCAGCAUCGCCGCGAGCGUGGCCACCGCGCUCUUCAACCAGGACCUCUGGCGCAUCGUUGCAGCGGCGGGGCUGGAGCCCGAGGCAGGCCUCUGCGCGCACUUCGACUGCCGAGCGGGCGUGUUCGAGACGCAGGAGGAGGCCCUGGCACUCCUGCUGUGGCGGGCCCACAAUGCGGCGUGA